GGAAGACUCCGCGCGCACCAAGCAGAGUCAACGCAGUGCAUGGAGCAUCACACACAAAGACACACUAUCUUACACACACGAGAAUAUGAACAUGCCAAUUUCAAGCAGCUCUUCUUCCUCAACGAAGAGUAUGCGCAGGGCAGCGUCCGAGCUCGAGAGGUCUGAUUCUGUUACGUCUCCAAGAUUCAUUGGGAGACGACAAAGUUUGAUCGAGGAUGCGCGGAAGGAGCGAGAGGCGGCGGCAGCCGCGGCAGAGGCGGCUGAAGCGACUGAACAGAUCGUGUUUGAAGAAGAGGAUGGAAAAGCUCUGCUCAAUCUCUUCUUCACGCUGAGAAGUUCCAAGACCCCAGCACUGUCGCGCUCUCUCAAGGUGUUCGAGACGUUUGAAGCUAAGAUCCACCACUUGGAAACGCGGCCUUGCAGGAAGCCCCGGGACAGCCUGGAGGGUCUGGAGUACUUUGUCCGCUGCGAGGUGCACCUGUCUGAUGUCAGCACCCUCAUCAGCUCCAUCAAGAGGAUCGCAGAGGACGUCAAAACCACCAAAGAAGUAAAAUUUCACUGGUUCCCAAAGAAAAUCUCAGAGCUGGACAGAUGUCACCACCUUAUCACAAAAUUUGAUCCAGAUUUAGACCAAGAACACCCAGGUUUCACAGAUCCCGUCUAUAGGCAGAGGAGGAAGAUGAUUGGAGACAUUGCCUUCAGAUAUAAACAAGGAGAGCCCAUCCCCAGAGUAGAAUACACAGAGGAGGAGAUCGGUACAUGGAGAGAGGUGUACUGCACCCUGAGGGACCUGUACACCACCCACGCCUGCAGUGAGCACCUGGACGCCUUCCGCCUGCUGGAGAGACAUUGUGGGUACAGCCCUGACAACAUCCCCCAGUUGGAGGACGUGUCACGCUUCCUCAGAGAGUGUACAGGGUUCCAGCUGCGUCCCGUGGCAGGUCUCCUCUCUGCCAGAGACUUUUUAGCCAGUCUGGCCUUCCGUGUGUUCCAGUGUACCCAGUAUAUACGCCACGCCUCUUCUCCCAUGCACUCCCCUGAACCGGACUGUGUGCACGAACUCCUGGGCCACGUCCCCAUUCUGGCUGACCGGGUGUUCGCCCAGUUUUCUCAGAACAUCGGCCUUGCUUCACUGGGUGCUUCAGAAGAAGACAUUGAGAAACUGUCAACGCUCUACUGGUUCACGGUGGAGUUUGGUCUGUGUAAACAGGGUGGCAUUGUGAAAGCCUACGGGGCAGGACUCCUCUCCUCAUAUGGAGAGCUAGUGCAUGCUCUGUCAGAUGAGCCAGAGAGGAGGGAGUUUGACCCAGAGGCUGCUGCCAUUCAGCCCUACCAAGACCAGAACUACCAGUCUGUAUACUUUGUCUCUGAGAGCUUCACAGAUGCCAAAGAGAAACUCAGAUCAUAUGUGGCUGGAAUUAAGAGACCGUUUUCUGUGCGGUUUGACCCCUACACCUACAGCAUAGAGGUCCUCGACAAUCCCCUGAAGAUCAGAGGAGGCCUGGAGUCUGUCAAGGACGAGCUGAAGAUGCUCACAGAUGCCCUCAAUGUGCUCGCAUGAUGUACAACAGCACCGCUACUGCUGCUGGUCCCACUCUGUGCCAUUUUGAUGUGUGACAUAACCAUUGUUCUCUUGUGCUAACAUACAGUACGCUGCUUUAUUUGUUGCUUUAAGUGGCUGGCUAAGUGGCAACCUUAAGACCUCUCACUGUACUUGUUUCCAAACACGUAACAGGCUCACAUUAUGUGGUUUAUUUGAUCUGGUGAUGUCUCUAAGAUAUGUUGAGCAGGUGUGUGGGCAUUAUCCAUUGGUACUCAUGCUUACUAAUGUCGGGAUUCAAUCCGAUCGCGCUUAGUAGACAAUGAGGAUUUUAAAGGCAAUGGUCCUGCGUUGGCGGAGACUGCAUUCAUGGUAAACGCUGUAUACACCCCUCCGUAUUUAUUUGGACAGUGAAGCUAAAACUUUUAA